AUGGCUAGGAAGAUUCAGCGUUCAGCAAGAAGACCAGCAUUUUUCAAGGGCCUUAAGGAUGAUUUUUCUCGGCAACUGCGUAUACCUUCAGCAUUCAUCAAGAAAUUGAACACAAGCUCACCGCAUCGUCUCAGAGGUCCUAGUGGAGAAUAUUGGGAUGUGGAAUUGGGAAAGAGAGGCAAUCAGAUGUUUUUUCAUAGGGGGUGGGAGAAAUUUGUGCAGCAUCAUCCUGUAGAAGUUGGGGAUCUUCUGAUUUUCAGUUAUGAUGGUGUGUCAAUGUUCAAUGUCAGAAUAUAUGGUAAAACUUUCUGCGAGAAGAAUGUAAAAGCAGCUAAGAGCAGUAGUGAGAGUAACGGUAAUGGUAAUGCUGCUAAAAGAAGUGAUAAGUUACGAAGGAGAAGGUACGGUCAUGCUGAGAAACGAAGGGGAGUUGAUGAUGAAGAAGAAAUUUUCAUUCCGUUCCAAUCAGAGAAUCCUUUUGUCUACAGAACUUUGGGGACAAAUUCAUUGUAUGAAGUGCAUGUGCCGAGGGAAGUAAUCAGAAAGGAAGGUUAUAGGGUUGGGAUGACCUUAGAGAUUAAAGAUGUAUUUGGGAUAUCCUGGAAAGCUACAGUCGGUGGUUCUCCUGAAGCCGGUCGUAUGCUGAUAAGGUCGGGACUGCCAAACAUUUGCAGAGCAAACCAAGCUUCACCUGGGGACACUGUCAUCUUUGAGUUUGUCAAGCCAGGAGUAGUGCAACUUCAUGUUAUCAAAGCAGGAGCUUACAAGCAGCCUCGGAUCAUUAAAUAG